AUGCCUUUAUCCCCAACACGGACUGCAUUUCACACUGAUUCAUCCCGUGAAUCGUCCCCCACCAGGUUGGCUGGAUUCUUCAAUGGGAUUACAGGCGGUGGUUCGGAUAAAGAGAGCCUCAGGGCGGGUCGAAUACCCAACUCUUCUGACGAUGCUUUAGUUCAAAAGAUCUCGGGACUACAGUUGAGCAACAAGGAAAAUGCACCUGGUAGUACUGGUCAUUUUGAACCUAGCCAAUAUCGACGAACUGUCCUCUCGGCCGCUGAUUUAGCCAAGGCCCACGAUCCAAAGGUUAAGCGGAUGGUGAAUGUUGCCAACAUGUACUUCCUCGACUACUACCUCGAUAUGAUUACAUACUCGUACAAGCGAAAGCAAAGAUUGGAGAAAGCGAAAGCCAACAUUAAUACACUCGAUGAAGAGGAGCGCCAAUUUGCUUGGAAGUCAUAUACAGGAAGAGAGCGGGUACUUCUGCGUAAGCGUCGUGUCAAGCUUAAGUAUAGGGAUUUCCAAAUCUUGACUCAGGUUGGACAAGGUGGUUAUGGCCAAGUGUAUCUUGCAAGAAAGACUGAUACAAAGGAAGUUUGUGCCUUGAAGGUUCUGAACAAAAAGUUACUACUUAAACUGGAUGAAAUUAGACAUAUUCUUACCGAGAGAGAUAUAUUGCGAACUGCUAGCUCUCCUUGGCUGGUUCAACUACUUUACUCGUUCCAAGACGAUGAAAAUGUAUAUCUAGCUAUGGAAUUUGUCCCUGGAGGUGACUAUCGUACUCUCUUGAACAAUACUGGAACUCUAAACCCUCGCCACACACGAUUUUACAUUAGUGAAAUGUUCGCUAGUCUUGAAGCCCUUCAUCAAUUGGGCUAUAUUCAUAGAGACUUGAAACCUGAAAACUUUCUUAUCGAUGCUUCUGGACAUAUCAAACUUACCGAUUUUGGACUUGCUUCUGGAGCAGUGUCAUCGCACAAGAUUGACAGUCUACGACGUAAGCUUGAGCUUGCUAAGGAUACUCCCUUAAAGUAUAGAUCUGUGACUGAGAGACAAGAGGCAUAUCGUUCUCUUAGGGUGCGCGACGUUAACAUUGCAAAAUCAGUGGUUGGGUCGCCUGAUUAUAUGGCUCUGGAAGUCCUUAGAGGAACUACUUACAAUCAUACCAUUGAUUAUUGGUCUUUGGGUUGUAUGUUGUUUGAAACACUGACAGGAUACCCUCCCUUCAGUGGAAGCAGUACUGAAGAAACAUAUGCGAAUUUGCAACAAUGGAAAAAAUGUUUGGUUCGACCCCAGUAUGAGGACGGAAAGUUUGUAUUCAGCGAUCGUACUUGGAACCUGAUUCUCUCGUUGAUUAAUUAUCCUAAAGAUAGACUAAAGAACUUCAAGGAGAUUUCUCAACAUCCUUAUUUUAGUGAGGUCGACUGGGAUAAUUUGAGGAAAUCUAAUCCUCCAUUUGUUCCACAAUUGAACUCAGAGGCGGAUGCCGGCUACUUUGAUGACUUUUCGAACGAGGAAGAUAUGGCUAAAUACAAAGAAGUAUUGGACAAGAAGACUCAAGUAGAGGGCAUGGCUGACCGUGGUGUUCCAUUGUCGAAACAGGCGUUUAUUGGAUUCACUUAUAAGCAUUCCAAAACGGGCUCAACUGCUCCAAAUGUGCUAGAAGAUAGUACCUUUGGAAGACGAAACGUUGUGCAUGACUCGUUUUCCACCAUUUUCUGA